AUUCAGGGUCAAAACACCCCGACAUCGUAACAUACUUUUAUUUUAUAGAGAAGUGCUGUGCUAUUCAUAUCUGAGAGUAAAAUACCGUCAUGUCAGACUGAACGUUAUGAUUCUUUUACUGUUAACCGCUCUUUAAGACUCACAUUGGGGAUCAUCUAUGCUGUUUAACAAUACCCAAAACAUCGGAUAUAUUUUGUACUUUGCUAAAAAAAAUGGAUGCUACUCCUCUCCGUAGCAUUUAGCCUGCUCUAGUUAUGCUGAGACUGCUCAAUGCUGAGCUCCAUUGAGAAUAGGUUUAAAGGGGUUGAAUGCCUUCUGCUGAGGCAGGGCAUCUACCGGCCACUCUUUACAUGCCCUCUGGCCCUUUGUGUCACCCAACAAUGAUGGCACUGGAGCACCACAGCCAGGGAGAGGUCAUUGUUCCCGUUCAGCCAAUGGGAGAGCAACAAAUACACGUUUAUGUGAUGUUUGAGUUUCUGUGCAUAUGUGUGUACGUGCAUGGUAAUGCAAAGGUGAAUGCACGCAGAGUCUUUCACACCUUUUUGCAUCUACUCUGUGACGAAGGGGAGGGGGACGUCACACAAAGAAGGAGCCAAUCAGACAUUAGCUGUUUGGAUUUAUGCCAGGGUUGUUAGGCUUGUAAGACUUUAGUACAAGUGGCAAAAGCCAGUUUUUAAAAAAAGAAAAAGUCAGCUGAGACGAGAUGCCCUACACACCGUCCGGCUUUUUCUGUGACCGGUUGAUCCGGGAACGAGAGAGGAGAGACGGGGAAGGGUCCCUGAACAAGCCCCUCCGCUUCAACGGCCAGGACUUCAACACCCUGAGACAGGAGUGUCUCGGGAGGAAGAGCCCGUUUGAGGAUGACUCUUUCCCCGCCACCGUGGAGUCUUUGGGCUUCAAGGAGCUCGGACACAAGUCCAACAAGGUCAAGAACAUUGUCUGGAAGAGGCCCAAGGAAAUCUGUGAGAACCCUCAGUUCAUUGUUGGAGGAGCCAGUAGGACAGACAUCUGCCAGGGAGAUCUUGGCGACUGCUGGCUGCUGGCCGCCAUCGCCUGUCUCACCUUGAAUGAGAAGCUUCUCUACCGCGUUGUUCCCCUGGAGCAGAGCUUCGCAGAGGGCUAUGGAGGCAUCUUCCACUUCCAGUUCUGGCGUUAUGGCGACUGGGUCGACGUCGUCAUUGACGACCGCAUCCCAACCUUCAACAACCAGCUGGUCUUCACUAAGUCCGCUGAGAGGAACGAGUUCUGGAGCGCCCUGCUGGAGAAGGCCUACGCCAAGCUGCACGGCUCCUACGAGGCCCUGAAGGGUGGAAACACCACCGAGGCCAUGGAGGACUUCACCGGUGGAGUCACUGAGUUCUACGAGAUGAAGGAAGCUCCCAAAGAGCUCUACAAGAUCAUGAAGAAAGCUCUGGAGAGAGGCUCCCUCAUGGGCUGCUCCAUCGAUUCCCUGGUUCCUGCUCGCUUUGAGACUCGUACUGUGACGGGACUUGUGAAGGGUCACGCCUACUCCGUGACAGCGGUGGAGGAGUGUAAACCGUCUCAGCACAAGGAAUCUAAAGUACGUCUGGUGCGUCUCAGGAACCCGUGGGGUCAAGUGGAGUGGAACGGUCCCUGGAGUGACAACUCUAAGGAGUGGGCCACACUCUCUAAGACUGAAAAGGAGAAGCUGCAGCACCAGAGCGCCGAGGAUGGAGAGUUCUGGAUGUCAUUUGAGGACUUCAAGAAGAACUACACUAAGAUCGAGAUCUGUAACUUGACCCCCGACGCCCUGGAGGACGAUAAGAUUCACAAGUGGACGGUUUCUGUGAACGAAGGUCGCUGGGUGAGAGGCUGCUCUGCCGGGGGCUGCAGGAACUACCCAGACACUUUCUGGACCAACCCUCAGUACCGCCUCCGUCUGCUGGAGGAGGACGACGACCCCGAGGACAACGAGGUGGGCUGCACCUUCGUGGUGGCGCUGAUGCAGAAGAACCGGCGGAAAGAGCGCAAGAUGGGAGCCAACCUCUUCACCAUCGGAUUCGCCAUUUAUGAGGUGCCAAAGGAGAUGCACGGGAACAAGCAGCACAUGCAGAAGGACUUCUUCCUCUUAACCUCCUCCAAAGCUCGCUGCAAGUCCUACAUCAACCUGCGCGAGGUGACCCAGCGCUUCCGCCUGACCCCCGGGGAGUACGUCAUCGUCCCCUCCACAUACGAGCCGCACCAGGAGGGCGAGUUCAUCCUGCGAGUCUUCUCUGAAAAGAGGAACACCUCAGAGGAGAUAGAGAACAGGAUCGAGGCCGAUCAUCCAGUGCCGGCGCCGUCCUCAGCGGGGGAAGAGAGCGAGGAGGACCAGCAGUUCAGGACUAUUUUUCAGGAAAUAGCCGGCGAUGACAUGGAAAUCACAGCCAACGAACUGAAAAACGUUCUCAACAGAGUGAUCACCAAACACAAGGACCUGAACACAGAGGGCUUCAGCCUGGAGAGCUGCAGGAGCAUGAUUGCUCUGAUGGACAUGGAUGGGACAGGUAGACUCAAUCUUCAGGAGUUCAGACAUCUGUGGAAUAAGAUCAAACAGUGGCAGGGAAUCUUUAAGCACUAUAACGCCGAUCAGACCGGUAGCAUCAACAGUUACGAGAUGAGGAAUGCUGUCAAUGAUGCAGGCUUCCGUCUCAACAACCAGCUGUACGACAUCAUCACCAUGCGCUACGCCAACGAGGGCAUGAACAUCGACUUCGACAGCUUCAUCAGCUGUCUGGUUCGGCUCGAAGCCAUGUUCAGGGCGUUCCAGGCCUUCGAUCAGGAUGGAGAUGGUACAAUCAGACUCAGUGUCCUGGAGUGGCUCCAGUUGACCAUGUACGCCUAGAGAGGCCCAUCUUCCUCCAGGUGAGCUCCACUCCACACGAGGACCAGACCUGCCAGCCUUUACCUCAAUAUUCAGUGUGCCCGACCGUCGUUAGCUCUCAUCCACUUCACCUGCAGCCCCUCACCCCUGCUCAGCUCUGCUCUUUCAACUCCCAACAUGUUCAACAUGCUUCUUCAUCUCCUCUUCCUCUCUAUCUAGCUCUCAGGCCUUCUUUUCUCUGCUCUUGUCCUUCCAUUAUCAUCGAGUCUCUCCUUUCAGCCAUUAGCCUUUUUGUUAAAAAAGACACAAGUUCAGUAAUUUUCUCAGGCAUCAAACACACACAACCUCACAGAGCUCCUUCUACAGUACCACCUAAACCACCCCACCAUCUCCCUACACUAUCUUCUUCUUCUUCUUCUUCUGUUAUCAAACUGAGCAGCUUUCUUCCUGUAUUCAUUCCAGUGAACUGGGCUCUCUGGUGGACAGUGAAUAAACUUGUGAAUCACUGUUAUAUUUCUGAGAAUACAACAACAGUUAGUUUCUUUAGGAUUUCAAGGAACAAACACCACUCUGCCCCCCCGAACUCUGCUUUUAAUCACUUAUUUUUGUGAAUAAAACAAUCCUGCUGGACUUUCUGUGGACACAUUUCCCCCCCGCUGUGCUGGGUGCGAGCCGUCUAGCAGCUCCCCGGUGAACAAACUCAGGCUUCUUUUUGUUCGCCUCCGCUCCAGUGCAACAGGAUGUAAAACCCCCCUCCUCGACUACUGUCCAGUCUUUCAGCUCUUCAUGUGGAUGGAUGACGUUCAAGAACUGUGGAGCUGACGCGUUUUUUAUUAACGCCGACGUUAGAGGUUAAAAACAAAUAUGGAUUUGACAGAAUAUGGCUGAUGGGUUGGACUGCAGCUUUUUGUGAUUUUUUUUUCUCCAAUUAAGGCUUUGGUCAAAUGAGUGUACUGCAUUUUUAACCAUUUUAACCAAAUAAAUAAAUAAAUGUGUAGUUAUUGGUUUUGACUGCGUUACCAGUAGACUUGAUGUGAAAUUGUGGUAUUUUAAAGCAGCAUAAAAGAAGACACACAUUUUAUGAUGUUGCACCAUUUUUUUUAUUAUUAUUAUUAUUAACAAUGUCUUUGAUUGCACUUUCUUAAAAAAUAUCUUUGAUAACAACUGAAAAAACUUGAAGAAACUCAGGAAUGCCAGGUAAGGAGAGGUGAACUGCUCGCUUUUCUCAGACGUUAGCGGAUGUUUGGAAGAUGGCGGCUGUGAGAAACGUGAACUCCUCAACAGAGGACACAACCAAGAGAGCUGCAACCACACCAAAGUUUGCCAAAGAGAGCAACCGGCUGGGAUUUCACACGGGUUUAAAACUGGUUGAAUAUGCCUUUUUUUAAAAAGUGGCUUUUUUUUUAGCGGGUGAGGUAUGGCAUGGGAGAUGAAUCCUAAUUCUUCCCUUCAAGCUCCUCCAUCGAAUACCUCCUCGAAACAUCCUUCACCUCCACACUUCAUUAGAAAACUAUCUUCACUGUGGAAAAAAUACAACUCCGCUGCCUUCUGCUCGAUGCUCCAAUUAUAAAAUAAAUUUCCAAAAAUCCCUAAGAAGGACAAUUUGUCAUAAAAACAUUCACACUCACUCAUGGAAAACAGGGUUCAUCAAACAGGGUUAAACCGCUUUGUGGACAAGAAUAAACCCACACAGAUAAACACAUGUAGGAACACACACACACACACACACACUCACACACACAAUCAUCUUCAUCAUCAUCAUCGCCACGUCUUGGCUCUGUUAUCACUGCAAAUUCUCAAAUGGCAUCUUCAGGCCAAGUAACAACACUGCACCAAAGUCCCUCAACGCCUUCAUAUCACUGAGCAACGAAACAAACAAAAAAAGUAAAUGAAUGUAUUUUAUCCUAAACCGCUAACGAAACAAAAAAGAUGUUUUCUGAAAACAAAAUAAAAACCAAAAAUAAAUUAAUUCAACGAAACUCCUUCAAAACAAACACCGUUCCACUAAAACACGGCCGGG